CCUUUUUUUUUAAAUUCCAACGUUGGCAAUGCCACACGCUUUCUUAUUUGACAACUUGUCAAUGGCCAUCACGUUGUGUGAAGUUUUUCGAAUUUUUGCGAAAUAAUUGGGAAAAAAUAGUUGAAAUUCGAUGUAAACGUAGUAAAACGGACACAUUUCUCUUUAAUAUUGGAUACUUCGUAAUUUGCGCCAUAAAUAGCCUAUUUCAUCGAGUUCUGUUUGUCUGACUUUGGCUGAGUAUUGAAAGCGCAGAGUGGCGCGCCCCAGGAAUAUCGCAAUUUUAUUUGGAGCAUAAAAACUGGUUUACCGAUCGUUGUCAUGGACAAGAAUAUUACAAUGGACAGACGGUUCAGCUUAAAUAUGACGCAUUUGCCUAAUCCUAUCGCAGAAUCGACGUGUUUAAAUUUGAAUGGCACCACAACGAGCCGUGAGAGAAGCAGUGCUGCUAACCAAUUUCGCUGGGGAGGUAGUCCGAUAAGCACAAAAAAUCUAAGCAAUUCUAGUAUUAACUUAAACGGCACAGGUGCCCCGCCCAAAAGCAAGAGUACUAUCACCAGUCCACAACGCGCCAGAAUGAACCUUAGUAAAAUUGAUCCCAGAAUAUAUGCAGACGUUCAAAGUCGUGGAUUAGUAUCACGAAUUGUACAAUAUCAUGAGAAUGGUUCGCGGCUAAACCGAAGUAUGUCGGCAAGUAAUCUAUAUGGCAAAAACGGACAUUCUUCAAUAGCGCAACUUCAAAAAAGUGAGUUGCCCUAUAGAGCAACACAGCAGAAUGUACUGAUGACGCGAAUUGCACCACCUAAGAAAUCGGUUUUCUAUGGGAAUACACUUUCAAGUUUACUGCGUUCAAAUUCUGUAAUUAGCUUACAAAAGAGUGAUGAGGAGCUAUCUUGUGAAAAUAGACCUAUAUUGCAUCCACCGCCAACAGAAAGUGAUCUCGCCCCAACUCGAAGUGUCCUGGACGUUCUAAAAGAGAUCUCACGUAAACGCAUUAACAGUGAUGAAUCAGAUGGUAUACAUGACACUAACAAAAAAUAUUGUAACCGGGAUUGCAACGAUGCUCCAUAUGAACAGUCAGUUAUCCCUACUGAUUUACGCAACAUAGGUUUGGUUGUGCCAACUAUGACUGCUCCCGCGCAGAGCUAUAAACGUCAAAGAGAGCACAUGGUAACUCCACAACAGCACUCACUACAAUAUGCACAGAACAGCGUUGCAAGUGCGACAACAAUUACUAGUCCAAAUCCUGCAAUGCAAUCUCAGCGGUCACCAGAGCAAAUUGCGAAAAAGCGCAUCUGCAGUUACAACAAUGACAUUACCAGUUCACUUAGCUCAAGCCUCAUACACGCAAACAAAAGGAAAUUUUACGAGAAACAGCGUUCACCAAUCAAUAGUUCACCGCCAUCUCGUGGAGAGGAGUACGAAACACAGAAAACAAAGAUUCUACGUCAACAAUCCGACUUGCGCUUCCAGCAAUUAACAAAGAGUCUGAGUUGUAACACGCCAAUAACGCCUAUACCAACGACUCCAUUAUCUCAGAGCGAUGCUAUGCCUGCAAUUACGAAGAGUUCAGAGCACAAAACUGAGGCAUCUUCUAUAACAACAGAAGCGGUAAAACGCACCGUCUCAGAACCGCCCCUGGCAACUAGACAAGUACAGUACAGUAAACCACAGAAGCCUAAAAUAACGCUUUUCAAUCGAGACUACAAUGUAUCAUCGAGUUCGAAUAAUGUAAAUGGUAUUAAUGAACAGAGUGUUGAAAACAGCACUGAUUUAGAUGACGGCGAAUGCGCUGAUAUACAGUUCGUGAAACCGAAAAAGAGUACUGCUAUUGUCAAUAAAAAGAACCCAUUGAUUGAGCGAACCCAGAAGUCGAAACUGGCUAUGAUGCUAAGUGGCCUUCGCGGAGAAAUUUAUCAGGGUGAGGAAGGCUAUGACCAAGUGGAUAAAAUAUCCAAUAAACCGCAAGGUAAAAAUGCAAAACAAAGCUAUAGUAUUGCCAAUGAUGAGAUCUCUAACGGCAAAGUGGCCACGACCGCAAGCACAAAGUCGUCUACAACCACUACUCCCGCAUCCACUAAUUUCGUUAUGAAAACUCCAACGCCAGCUGCAACAAGUUCUGGCGCGCCUGGCUUGACCACUUCUGCAGACAAGACAUCCGCAAACUCGACUCCAAAGGCAACGACCAGUGCCACUUCAGCUUCGUCCACACCGACAACAAUCACGUCUCCCAGUCUUGGAGGCUUCAAAUUAACAACUUCAGCUGUCACAGUCAGUAGCGCAUCUACAACAAACGCUUCGCCAACUGCAACUGCUUCGCCUCCAAAAACGACUUCACCUUUAGUCGGCUUGAAACUAACACCUCAGAAGACGGCACUUAACUUUGGUGUUAAUACAAGCACUGCAGCACCAAAUUUCAACUUCGGCGCCACUUCCGCAACAUCUACCAGCAGCAUCAAAUCUGUUGAGGGCACAAUAGCAACAGGUGUCGGCGCUGUACCUCAGCUACAAGGAUUUUCUUUCGGUUCAACAGCAAAAUGCAACACAUCCGCACCUGUUGCAACAACUGCAACUUUAACCACUGCUGCAGUAACCGCAGCUACUACAGUCACAUCAGCGAGUAAUAUUGGCGGAUUUAAUUUCGGAUCAACUCAAAAACCUGCAGUUUCAGCAGCUUCAACAGCAGUAAAUGCGGCAGCGCCAACAACUACUGCCGCGCCUACCUUUGGUAGCUUUGCCAUUACUGCGGCUUCUACAUCCACUUCAGCAAGUACAGCAACAAAUAAGCCCGUUUUCGCUUUUGGCGGUGCACCCACUAACACAUCCACUGCUGUGGUGAAGCCCAGUUUCAACUUUGGCGGAAGCGUGACACCAGCAGCCACAACGGCAGCUCCCGUUUUUGCUGCGGUUGCUACCAGCACAUUCACUUUUGGCACCAAUACUAAUUCAUCAACUGCAGCCGCAGACGCAUCUUCUACUGCCACGAGUCAAGCAACCACAACUGCUGCGCAACCGCCAAUGGUGUUUGGCAGCGGACCAGCAAACAGUGCAUUUACCAUUCCGACAACGUCAACUGCCCAGCCCUUCGCUUUUGGCGGCGCCGCUUCAACAGCUCAAAGUGCCAUGCCGACAGCACCGAAGUUCUCAUUUGGUAGUGCUGUUCCAGUCGCAACAAGCACAGAAGCACCUGCAACAGCAGCAACAAAUCUUUUCGCUUUUGGUGGUCAGAAAUCCAUUGCAGUAACCACCACCGCAACUGCCACAGCUGCCACUCCCUUCGCUUUUGGCGCGAGUACACAAAUCAGUGCGACAACAGUGACUACAACAAGCUCGAGCAGCAAUAAGCCUGUUUUCAGCUUCGGUGGCGCUGGAGAGAACGCUGCUAACCCACUUGGCGUCGCAGGGAAGAAUAACUCUUCCAGCGGCAAUUUAUUCGCAUUCGGUGGCACUUCUACGACAAGUGAGAACAAAUUAUUCGGCAACAAUACUGCAGGUGCCAUCAAUCCCACUUCCACCCAAACGGGUGCAUUCACGUUUGGUGCCCAAGCUGGCACUCCAGCCUUCGGUGCGGCCGGUGCGACUCCCACAGCAUCUGCAUUCGGAGUAACUAAUGCGCCGUCUACAACACCCUUCGCAUUUGGUGCCACCAACGUCAAUAAGCCAGCGGUAGCGUCUUCUGCACCACCGACCACCAGGAGCAACUCUGGCGGAUUCAGCUUUGGCACAGCUACCGCUGCUGCAGCCAACGCAGGCAACACGAAAUCGACCAAUAUAUUCGGAUCUGCAUCAACUGGCCUUACUAAUCAAGCAGCGCCAACAGCCAACACAGGCAUAGCGAAACCUGCAUUUAACUUUGGUGGGGCACCCACAAAUACCAACGAUGCCGCAAAGUCUAUAUUUGGUGGAGCUGCAACAAACGCAGCCAGCAACACGAGCAGUACAAAUACAUUUGGUGCACUUGCAGCUGCCAACAGCAAUCCAGGUAACAAAACAUUCAGCUUCGGCAGCAGUGGGGCCACAAGCAACAACCCUUCAUCAAAUCCCUUCGCCGCUGCAGCAAGUAAACCGGCUUCUGGUGGCUUUUCUUUCAACGCCAGCACGACAGGCAGUAAACAGGCGGUCGCUGCUUCAACAUUAGCUUCCAAUUCCACCACACCGUUCGCAUUUGGUGGUACAUCGAACGGUGGCGCAGCUGCAUCCUCAACGGCAGCUCCAUUUAGUUUUGGUGGCGCUAAUAUGGCUGCAACAGCAAACAAAACGUUCACUUUUGGCAGCAGCAACACUGCCUCGGUUGCUCCGGCAGUAAAUGCUAGUAGCAUUUUCGGAGGUGGUGCACAGAGCGCACAGCAAACUUCUGUGGCCCCAUUUAGUUUUUCAGCUGGUACCUCGAGUGGUGUCACCCCAGUGCCAGGCGCGGCACCCACAGUUGCUGCAAAUAUAUUUGCACCGCCUGCAGCGCCUGCUGCAGUCAGCGGUGCUGCAGGAGAUCGACCCAUACGCCGGGCAACACGGCGCCUUCAAAAAACUUAACCGUUAUAAGGACAAUUUUGACUUUGACUUUGUAAAUGACAAUAGGAUCUUUGUUAUACGAUCUUAAGUUUAAAAAAAAAUAAAUAUUUUUUGUUUCACAAGAUUUAUUUAAAUAUUGGAACCCAAAAUUAUCUAAGUGGACAAUGAUUUGUUAUUACUCGACUGCGGUUAAUAAGUUAAAAAAGUAAGCCGUCUGCAUACUUUUACAGGAAGUUAGUUUAAACAAUAUGAAAACAAUUGUAAACCUCAAAGAAACUCAAUAAAUGCUAAUACAUAAAUGGACAACUAAAA